AUGGUUGUAACGCCGAGUAACGUAUCUGCGAUUAAACAAUUAUUGCGCAAUUUCCCCGGUGAAACAUUGGCUUUUAAGUGUAAAUUAAUCGCCCUAAUACGCUUAAGCCAUUUCGAAGAAGCUUUAACAUUAAUCAAAAAAACACCGCCUGCUCAUAUGGGAGAAUGCUCAUUUGAAAAAGCUUAUUUGCAUUACCGCUUAAAUGAUAACGAAAGUGCUUUGGAAACAUUAAAUAAACUUGCGAAGAAUGACGUUCGUUGUCUUGAAUUAAAAGCCCAGUUAUUGUAUCGUACAGAACAAUUUGAAGAAGCCGAAUUGAUAUUUAGAAAAUUGCUCAAGGAUUAUUCUGAUGAUUUUGAUGAUGAACGUCAAGCAAAUUUGUUGGCAGUUAUCGCGCAGCUUCGUUCUAAUGGGAAAAUUCAGCAACGAAUUACACAUUUCGAUACAUAUGAACAAUAUUACAAUGGUGCAUGCUGCGCAAUAGAAGACAAUAAUUUCACUGAAGCAUUAUCAUUACUUAAUAAAGCAGAAGUUUUAUGCAAUCAAACGUUAGUCGAGGAAGGCUUAACCGAAGAGGAAAUCGAAGAUGAACUGUCAAUGAUUCGGAUACAAAAAGGAUUUGUUUGUCAAAAACUAGGGCGUAAUGAAGAAGCACUGAAAUUAUACCUUCGUAUCCAAGAAAUCAACCCUUCAGAUAAAAGUGUUCUUGCAACUCUUUUAAAUAAUAUUCCAUCAGUAAUACAAGAGAGUAAUCUGUUUGAAGCCAGGAAGAAAUUAAAAUCGGCCUUACAGAUCGAUGGAUCAAAGCUGACAUCUCGGCAACGCCGCACACUUUUGCUUAAUCAGGCAUUGAUUCAUUUACAUUCGAAUCAACGCGAGCCGUGUCGACGAUGUUUAGAAGACAUUCGUUCAAAAUAUGGUCCCGUACAGGAGUCAUUUUUUAUUGAAGCAGCUUUACAUUUAAAAUCCAAAGAUUCUCAGAAAGCUUUAGCAGUUUUAAAUGCUGCUGCUGUAACUGACGAAACACUUCUCACUCGUAUUCAGAUUCUUCUCGAUGAAGUUAAUUCACUUAGCUUCGAAUUUUGUUUCAAAGGAAAACUGAAGGAAGCAAUUGAAAAAUUAAAUGAAUUUCCUGCGCAACUUGCCAACAGGCCAGCAGUUUUGCAGCUUAGAAUUGCUUUGUUGCUUGCUACGAAUGAUCAAAAUGCAGCAAUAGAUCUUUUAACUACAGCUGUAGAGAAUGCGCCCAAUGAUGACUCGUUAAGUAUCAUUCUGGAGCAGGCAGCAUCACUUAAUAUCGAGAUUGGCAAUAAUCGCGCCGCAGUUGAAUUUCUUCAGCGUCUAAAUAAACUACGACCAAACGAUGUUCGUGUCCUCAGUCAACUCAUAAAAGCUUAUUCUUCAUUUGAUCCAUGCCGUGCUGAAGAACUUUUGACGAAUGCAUUUCCUGAGAAAAAUUCUUCAAACAUGGAUGUGGCUGCAUUAGAAAGAGCGGAAUGGAUUCUUUAUGGUGAGCGUUAUAAACAGAAGAAAGAAAUGAAGCCGGAAUUCACAGACACGGAAAUAAUUACUGGCAAAUUGAGGAAACGAAAACGAAAACGAAAGAUAAGAUUACCAAAAAAUUAUGAUCCAAAAGUUCCACCAGAUCCUGAGCGAUGGUUGCCACGCCAGGAAAGAACUGCUUAUAAGAAACGUCUGGGAAAAAAACAUAGAGAUCGAGAUAUUGGUAGGGGUACCCAAGGAGCAAUUUCUUCGCAAAUGAUAGAAAUUACGGCUACAGUGAAAUCCAAUAAUUCACCGAAACCAACACCAAUCAUGGGUUCAGCCGAAGGGCCUCGACAGCAACGACCUGCAGCUCAACAAGCCAAAAAGAAAAAGAAGAAGGGAAACAAGUGGUGA